AUAAAUGUCAAUACUCGAUAUCAAAUAUCACAUUUUCAUGUAGGCUAUUAAUACUGUAUGUAGGGUUGUGACAAAAUAAUGGUUAAAAGUUAAAUCGUUUGAAAGGAUUAUGUGAUUUUACCAUAUAAUUAAAUAUUUAAUUCGGAAGUGUACUGAACAUGUAACGUAUAUCUUGUUUACGUGAUAACGAUAUAUCGUUCAAUAGCGAAACGACACACUUUGUUUGUAUUGCAGGUAUUUGGAUGAAACACCAUUCCGGUUUAAAGAUGGUUUCUCUACAAGAAAGGUACGUGGCGUCUAUGGUUCUGAGCGGUACAGGAGAUGCUCUGGGCUACAAAAACGGCAACUGGGAGUUCUGCCAUUCAGGGGAGGAAAUCCACCGGGAGCUGGGGAAACUCGGGGGCCUCGAGAAGAUACAAGUCAACACCAAGAACUGGAUGGUAAGCGAUGAUACGGUGAUGCACCUCGCCACAGCUGAAGGUCUGGUGACAGGUAAAUCAGGCGAUAACUUGUUUCUUGAGAUCGCUGCCCUUUACAAGGGAUGUUUUAAAGAUAUGGCAGGGCGGGCGCCAGGAGCCAUGUGUGGAGACAGUGUAAGACUAUUAAAGCCACACAGAGAAAAGGGAUAUAGAAUUCCCUUCAACCCUCGAGGCGGGGGAUGCGGUGCAGCAAUGAGAGCCAUGUGUAUAGGGCUUCUCUACCCUCGGCAUGAAGACAUACACAAACUGAUUGAGGUGAGUGUCGAGUCCGGUCGGAUGACACAUAACCAUCCUACAGGAUACCUAGGUGCUCUGGCUUCUGCUCUCUUCACUGCUUAUAGUGUUCAAUCAAAGCCAAUUAAGGAAUGGGGAAAAGGUCUGGUUGAUACUCUACCGGAUGCUUGGAAGUAUGUAGAGAAAACAGGUGUCGCUGUUGAACAAAAUAAAGAACACUGGGACUAUUUUACAGAUCGUUGGGUUGAUUAUCUGAAAACACGAAAUAUUGAGGAUGGAACAUCUGAACCGACGUUUCCGGAGAAUUACGGAAUUAGAGAGCGGGAUGCAUUCUACAAGUCGCUCAGCUUCAGUGGCUGGGGAGGAUCGAGCGGGCACGACGCACCGAUGAUCGCCUAUGACGCUCUUCUCAGUUGCAAUGACACGUGGAAUGAGCUCUGUAGUCGUGCUAUGUUCCAUAGCGGUGAUAGCGACAGUACCGGGGUUAUAGCCGGCUCCUGCUUCGGGGCGAUGUUCGGAUUCAAAGGUGUGCAAAAGGGAAAUUACAGUAAACUAGAAUACAAGGAACGCCUUGAGAAACUUGCAAAAAAUCUUCUGAAACACAGCCAUCAGGAAGAUGUUAAAGAUUUACCUGUUGGCGAUAGUCAGGAUAGCACAGAGAAAGAAUUGACGGAUGAUCAAAACACAACAGGAAAAGAAAAAAGCGCUAGCCCACAGAAGCCAGGAGAAAUAAUAUUGCAGGGUAUUUGGAUGAAACACCAUUUCGGUUUAAAGAUGGUUUCUCUACAAGAAAGAUACGUGGCGUCUAUGGUUCUCAGUGGUACAGGAGAUGCUCUGGGCUACAAAAACGGCGACUGGGAGUUUUGCCAUUCAGGGAAGGAUAUCCAUCGGGAACUAGAGGAACUCGGGGGCCUCGAGAAGAUACAAGUGAACGUCAAGGACUGGAUGGUAAGCGAUGAUACGGUGAUGCACCUCGCCACAGCUGAAGGGUUGGUGACAGGUAAAUCAGGCGACCACUUGUUUCUUGACAUCGCUGCCCGUUACAAGGCAUGUUUUAAAGAUAUGGCGGGGCGGGCGCCAGGAAAUACAUGUGGACACGGUGUGAGACUAUUAAAGCCACAGAGAGAUAAGGGUUAUAGAAUUCCCUUCCGACUUCAAAGCAGGGGAUGUGGUGCAGCAAUGAGGGCGAUGUGUAUAGGGCUUCUUUACUCUCGGCCUGAAGACAUACACAAACUGAUUGAGGUGAGUGUCGAGUCCGGUCGGAUGACACAUAACCAUCCUACUGGUUACCUAGGUGCUCUGGCUUCUGCUCUCUUCACUGCCUAUAGUGUCCAAUCAAAGCCAAUAAAGGAAUGGGGAAAAGGUCUGGUUGAUACUCUACCGGAUGCUUGGAAGUAUGUAAAGGAAACAGGUGUCGAUGUUGAACAAAAUAAAGAUCACUGGGGCUAUUUUACAGAUCGUUGGGUCGAGUAUCUAAAAACACGAAAUAUUGAGGAUGGAACAUCUGAACCGACAUUUCCAGAGAAGUACGGAAUAAGAGAGCGAGAUGCAUUCUACAAGUCGCUCAGCAUCAGUGGCUGGGGAGGAUCGAGCGGGCACGACGCGCCGAUGAUCGCCUAUGACGCUCUCCUCAGUUACAAUGGUACAUGGAAUGACCUCUGUAAUCGUGCUAUGUUUCAUGGCGGUGACAAUGACAGUACCGGGGUUAUAGCCGGCGCCUGCUACGGGGCGAUGUUCGGAUUUAAAGGUGUGCCAAAGGGAAAUUACAGUGAACUAGAAUACAAGGAACGACUUGAGAGACUUGCAAAAUAUCUUCUCAAACUCAGUCAUCCAGAAGACUAUAGCGAUUUUCCUGUUAGCGACGAUAAAGGUUGCACAGAGAACGACCUCCCCGAUUUAAAACUUCUUAAUGACGAGAAAGUAGAGGAACAAUUGCAGUAAUGUCCUGAAAUCCCUCCAGGAAACCUAGUUACAGAGGAGGGAGGCUCUGAUACCAAAACAAAAAACAAGGAUGUUCAAGACUCAACAGGGCAAGAAAAGGGAGCUAGUGCACAGAAGCCAGGGGAAACAUAGGCGUAUUGAAAAUUUGAUCCUGAGCAUCACAAAUUUAAAAAAUGAAUUUGAAGAGUAAAUGUGUAGUGGUUUAACUUAUGACAAUGUUAGUCAGCUUGCUCUAUGAUUGACUUUCUUCUUUUUACCUGUUUUAACAGUUUGAAUUAACAGUAUUUUGUUCUCAAUUCUGUGAUAAUCGUGAAACAGUAGUAUUAGAACGGAAACGUUUUUUUUUUUAAAUCACUAUGUAAUUCUUACCUUGUACACUUUUCUGUCAAUAACCAUUGUUCUCUUUGAGUUUAUAGCUUUACUUUGUUGUACCCAAAACUCAUCAUUUGUCUGUUUUCGUUUUAACUUCAUGCGAAGUGAUAUUUAAGCGUUUUGACUUUAGUUUUUAGUUUUCAUUUUACAUAUAUUUCUUAUUACGUCCCAGUGCAAUGAGUAAUUAAACAUUGUUUGCUCAAGCAAACGAGAGCAAAUGCUACGGAGAACUUUGAAAUGAAAAAUAAACUGUGUUUUCUUCAAACUAAACGUCCGUUUUUAUAUAUUUAUAAACUGAAUUGACAUGCAGUAAAAACUGUUGGUAAAUUACAUGUGUUGAAAAAACUCUAACAAUGAAUUGCAAAAGUAGAUAUAUUUAUUAUAAACAAAAUGUUCAAAAUCU